AAUAAAAAAUUACUAGAAAGAGACUUUACCUUUUACCUUUAGCAUAACGUCUUUCUUUCUGAUCGGGAGUAUUUCAUUUUUCCUCGUCCUUCAGAUUUAUUAUGUUUAGUAUUGUUUAAUCCAUUAGUGCGCCUGGCAUAUUUGAAGUUGAACUGAUUUACCAAAAAUUACCGUCGUCGCCCUCCCUGCGAUUUCAUCACUGCCCUCCUUCUUCGGUUGCAGACUAGGCAGAAACCCUAAUCGCCAUGGGAGAUAAUCGUCAGUCUUUUGUACAUCAUGCUCUUGGUGGUGGCUCAGUGGCGGAUGUGCUGUUGUGGAGGAGAUGGUGUGCUAGUGUUACUCUGCUAGUCAGUUCCACUGCGCUUUGGAUUUUGUUUGAGCGAGCUGGAUAUAAUGUCCUUUCCUUUGUUGCCAAUGUUAUGUUGCUUCUAGUUGUGAUUCUUUUCUUCUGGGCUAAAUCUGCCUCACUUCUUAACAGGCCUUUACCUCCUAUCCCUGAUUUGGAGGUUCGCGAGGAAUCUGUCGUAAAGGCUGCUGACACGAUGCGUGUUUGGAUCAAUCAUGUCCUGAUGAUUGCCCAUGAUAUUGCUAUUGGUGGGAAUUUAAAACUUUUUGUUAAGGUUUCUCUUGUCAUGUGGCUGAUAUCUUAUGUUGGUAGUUUCUUCAACCUCCUCACUUUCAUCUACAUGGGAAUUCUUUUUAGUUUGUCUGCGCCUCUGCUGUACGACAAGUAUCAAAAUCAAAUUGAUGACAAGCUUAUUAUAGCACAAAAGGUCAUUCAGACACAGUACAAGAAAAUUGAUGAUAAUGUACUGAGAAAGAUUUCAAGGUCUUCAAAUAAGGAAAAGAAGACUCAGUAAACUGUUGACCUGUAGGAUUGCAUCAUCCAACAUCGUUGGGAUGAGGUUUGAUUGCCUUGCAAAGCAGAGUUUUAAAGAAGGCUGAACUUACUAGUGUUUUUCUUAUUUUUGUGAAUGGUUCUCGAUGACCUUUGUUAGUGUUAGUGCCUGUGGCAGAUGAAGUAAUGGUUUAUAUGAUUGGCAUUGAAAUAGUGUCAUGGUCAUUUUGAUUGGUAAUCCACAAGCAUUUCAAUGGAGCCAGUGCAUACUCUAGAAGUUCUCUUUUGCUAUUGAUUGAGAAUCUUUAUUAUGCUUGUCUCCUAGUAUUUGUACUCUAAUCUAGUUUACUUUGAGCACCUAAGUAACUGCAGCUCGUUUUUUCCUUUUUUUUUUUUGGGUUGAUAUCUCACCUUUGUAGUUGAUGGUCAGCUCUUUCACACAAAUUUCUUUUAGGUAACUUUGAAAAAAAAGGUUUCCCUUUUGGCUGGCUGAGGUGAUGGUGGAGAAAUGCUAUAUUUGAUUGAUAUGAAUGUUGUGGGGUGUUGCAGUUUAA